AUGCUGCUAGAGUGUAUGAUGAACGGACACGCUAUUCUGUAUACGGGGGUCACUUUGGCCUUCUGGAGCACCAUACUUAUCGUCGGUCUCUGCUAUACCAUAUUUGACCUUGGAUUCCGCUUUGAUGUGGCAUGGUUCCUGACAGAGACUUCUCCUUUCAUGUGGGCCAAUCUGGGCAUUGGCCUGGCCAUCUCUCUGUCUGUGGUGGGAGCCGCCUGGGGGAUCUACAUCACUGGCUCAAGCAUCAUUGGUGGUGGUGUCAAAGCUCCACGAAUUAAAACCAAGAACUUGGUCAGCAUCAUCUUCUGUGAAGCUGUAGCGAUCUAUGGGAUCAUCAUGGCCAUUGUAAUCAGCAACAUGGCGGAGAGCUUCAGUGGAACAACUCCUGAGACCAUCGGUGCAAGAAACUACCAAGCUGGUUACUCCAUGUUCGGAGCCGGUCUGACUGUGGGCUUUUCCAACCUCUUCUGUGGCAUCUGUGUCGGCAUCGUGGGCAGUGGAGCAGCAUUGGCAGACGCCCAGAACGCCAACCUCUUCGUGAAAAUCCUCAUUGUGGAGAUCUUUGGCAGUGCAAUCGGCCUGUUUGGUGUCAUUGUAGCCAUUCUGCAGACAUCGAAAGUAAAGAUGGGCGACUAGAGGAUGCAUUCACGCGCUGAGAAGACAAAAAGACACUGCUGGAAAACAAGAUGGAUUAUUGUGUAAAUACAUCGUAAAUUAUUUAAAUGUCUCUAUUUGCCUGGUAUUGUUUUUAACCAUCACUUAUGCAAGAGUGGUAUGUGCGAAACCCAACGGUCUUGUCUUGAGAGAAACAUGAAUGUUGAAAUAAGAAUAGCGGGAAAAGAAAUCCCCAGAAGUCAGCGGUUUGUGUGCAUUUCUUGACAUAAUUAGCAGAAUGUGCACGAAUUGCAGGAUCUGUUUCCUAACACCAGCCAGUCUGCAGUCUUGACCGCUGUGAAUACAACUUGCAGGAUUAUCACACACGCUCAAAACUAACGCAUAGGUUCAUAGAAGUCGGGGCAUCUUCAUGACAUCAUUUUUCUCACACCACUCUUGUAUGAAUGAUGAGUUAAACAUGACACCGGAGUAUUUGUGUGUGUGUGUGUGUGUGUGUGUGUGUGUAUGCUGGACACGUGAUCUUUUAUUUUUUCCUGUGAAGCAUGAGGGUGUUUACCAUUGUGUGUGUGUUACUGUAGCCUGGUCUGUCUUUGUUUUCCUUUCUGUUUUUGUAACCGUUCUUUGCUGAUAAUAAGCAAGUGGUCCUUAAUCCACACAGUGGCCCAAACACAGUAUUUGUCAGGCGUCCCGCUGUAGAAGUGACAGAGAAUCUAUAAAGUGUCUUCAUUUGAGACUCAUGAGCCUCCUGAACAUAGCUGCCAGCCAUAACUUCCUUGUUUACCACAGAGUCUUCUCUAUGUCUAGUUUUAACCAGGUUCCUUUCGUAGUAAUUUUACAAGGAUGAAGGUGGAUUAUUCAGAGUGUUGACUAGAAGGAAGCCAAAAGAUUGUGGAUACCCAAAAAUACUUUUCUUUGCUAAUGCAUAAGUCAAAAUUGCUACGCUGUCUCUCAAGUCACAGGGCACCUCAGUUACUGGUAACACCUUCUACACUCAAUAGUAACUUAAUAUUUGCUGUAGCUUCACCAUCGUUGUGCUGGAGGUCUUUAGAGAAACAGACUGCUACUCUGACAGGAGGUGACACCCAAAACUAUGGACGCCACAUAAGCAAAACAACUUUAUGUAUACAGAUUAUUUUUAAACAUAAUUAUUUUACACUCUACACAUUUUCACGUUUCUUUAUUUUUUAUUGAACUGUCUUGUUUUUGUCUGGACUUGUUUGCUGUUCUAGUCCACAAAUUACUUUCUAACAUUCCUUUUAAGUAGCUUCAUGUGUUUGUGGGUUUGAGUGCAAUUUGAAUGACACGAUUAGACUCCUGCUACAUCACAACAAAGCCGUCAUCAAAGUUUUCAUGUACUUUUUAUCAGCUGGUAGCUAUGCAGCGUUUCAGCUGUUUCCUAUUGAUGCUGUUCAGUUUUCUGAACCGUUGGUUGGCAGAAGAAUAAAGUGACGUCGGCACAGAGUGCACAAUGCUUGUGUGGAAACACUUUAGGUAACACUUUUUGUUCUUGAUGCAUUGUUCCUCAAGUUAAGAUGACCAUGGUUAAUUGUGAAUUGUCUCAAAUCUUCCCUGUAAAUUCCCCCUCCAACCCUCUUGUGGAGUUCUGAAUGAGUAUAAACAUUGAAUCUUAUCGUGGGGAAACUGGAAUAUCUUUAAUAUAUCUAGGCCUGAACUUCCCAAAGGUGUCAAAGCAGCAACAUCGUCUUUGCCCUGAUGCUGGUUUUAUCAUUUAACUGAGAUGUAACUCCAGCAUUCCUUUGGUAAACCAGGCUCUGUACCAAACCCCAGGCUUUCAGUGAGUGUAGUUGGUACCGUGUGUGCAUUAUGUUGAUGUGAUGGUGAUCAAAAAUUAAACUCAUUGUUUUUGACAUUGUGUAUGAUGAUAAUAACAAAAAAAAAAACAGAUCUUCCUUCUGGCUUCAUAAAUGUCCUUGAGAAAAUAAAAUUGUCCAAUCAAGAUCUUUUGGAUUUUGUUUCUGA